AUGGAAGUUCUUAAGCCUGUCGCCAACAACAAGCUGGCCAUCUGGGACUUGCCUAUCGAGAUUCUUCAGGACAUCUCAUGCUCACUGGCAUCCAAAGAUCACCUUCAAUGGGCAUUGGUGUCGCGAUGGUUCAGCUCCGUUCUUUGUCAGCGCCUGGUGCCAAAUGCCGUGGCCCGACAUGAAAGUUAUGCGUUCAUCUGGGCCUUUAACACUGGACAUCUCGACAUGAUGAGACAGUGUAUCGAUCUUGGCAUGAGCCCCAGACUGUCGGUUUCGUUCAUAUCGGCCAAAGAAUGCUAUGAACGGCUUCCGAUAGUGGGUGCCAGCUUGCUUUCAGGCGACGCCGACGCCGCGCAGCUAUUGAUGUCAAGAGGAGCCAAGCUCAGCGAUUUGCCUCUGAAGGGGCCGUCUAAACGUCGGAAUCCUUUAUAUUUUGUCCGUCAUACAGCAACACUCCGACUUUUGCUACAGAAGAGCACUCGACGAUACACAAAUCCCUGCGACAGCGACGGCCUAUUCAAAGAUAUGAUCAUAAACUCAGUUCCUGACGAGGUGCUUUCCCUCGCUCUUGAGAAUUCUGUCUUUCCACUCAACCCCAGGAUUGUCUGUGAAGCUAUCAGCUACGGCCGAAUAUCCCUCGUCGAGAAGUUGUUCCUCAUGGUGCCAAGGCUGUCAAGCUCUGAUGAUGAAGGUCGACUUUUUGAUGGGUCGCCUGCGCUGUGGUACAUCUAUAGUGCAUUGGGCGUGUUGUCAUCGGCAGAUGACAUUCAUCGUAUGUUGCAGGUCAUCAACGAAGCUACCGAUGCGCUUCCCCCAAGGAGCUUCAAUCCUGUUAUGAAGCGCAUCCUACGGGCUGCGAUGACAAGUACCUUGGUCAGCAAGGACAGCCUCGUCUGGCUCAUGAGCAACAGGCUCAUAGACCUUUCUUCCAAGGAGAAUCGAAGAGCCUUUCAUGAAGCGGUUUACGAGAUAGCUUCCGGCCUGCGAUGGCUAAAUUCAUUCACUAUAAAUGAAAAGAUGAAGGUUCUGCUCGAAUACGACAGCACCAUUGCUCUGUACUUACCCAUAGGUAACAUAUCCUACGGGAGUAACAUCGCCUAUCCUCGCUUUCUUCACGCCGUCGAAGGCAAGAUUCUAGAUGGCGAGAUGGCUCCGGAGGUUCGCAUGACAGCUAGUCAGCUGCUGGUCAAGCUACUCGGGUGUGGCACUGGCGAGGGAACUCUUCACCGCACCGCUAACGUCGUGGAGAGAUUGGUGUCACUCGGUGCUUCGGGGUCAGUAUUUGUCAAGGAGCAUAGAUCUUGGCGCCGAACUGUCUACCUCACAGCUUUAAUCUUUGCCUGCAAGAUCACGUUGGAUCCUCAGCAAGGUCGAAGAUGUAUUCUGCCUCGAACUGAAGCAUAUGACAUGUCAACCGGUUCCAACAAGAAAAUCACGACUUAUGGCGAGUAUCUGAGUCUUCGGCGGGCGAGUAUUGUACAGAUAAUUAGAGCUUUGCUACCGGGUGGUGAUAUCUUGGGUAUAGAUGCAGAUGGCUUUACUGGACUAGACCACGUAAAGUUCAGCGGCAUUUACAGCGAUAUCCCAGAGCUUCUAACACCUUUCAAAUUCAAGGCUUAG